ACCCAGCAAAAAUGACCAUAGACAACCACACAAUUUACACCACAGAUUCCUCACUAAAGAGCAAUCUGCAGACCAGAACUUGCAGUAUAUGUUAAGUUUGUACAACAGAGCUGCGGAUACAGAUGGCCGACCCAGAGAACCCAGAAUAUUAGGUUCCAACACCGUCAGACUGAUUCGAUCAAUUUCAACACACAAGCGGUACUCAGCUAAGUCACCAGAUCUGCAGUACAGCUACACAGUGGAGUAUGAGCUGAAAGCCCUCCCCCUGGAGAAACUCGUGAGGGCAGCCUUUGUCCAUUUGCGCAGCCGUGCGCAUUCUCAGCAACCUGUGAGCUGUGGGGUCAGUGUCUCAUCCUGGGGGCCAGCCCGACGGCCCAUCUCCUCUGGUGGCAGUGUGACCCUCAGACCUCAAGACCAGUGGACUGAGACCGACAUCACACCACACGUGUCCCCACAGAGUGAGGGGCACCUCUCCCUGGGUGUCCAGUACCAGUGCGCGAAGGACAAGCCAGUGAAGGUCGCCGUGGGGAGGGGAAAGGGCAGGCGGAGGACACGGGGGCAGCCCACCUCACCAAAAACCCAGCUGAGAGUCCCUGCCCUCCUGCUUUUCCUGGAGGAAGAGGAGGGUGGGGCCCCCAGACAGAGGGUGGAGUCAGCCAUAACUGCUGCCCGCUCUGUCCCUCGGCCCCGCCGGUCCAAUGAGCUGGGCAACAUCGGCGCGGACAUCCCCAAUUACACGCGCAAGAACAGCGUGGCCAAGAACCAGUGCAAGCUCCACUCCUACCGGGUGACUUUCCGCGAGCUGGGCUGGGACCACUGGAUCAUCGCCCCGCACAAGUACAACCCCCGUUACUGCAGCGGGGACUGCCCGCGCAUACUCCACUACGGCUACAACUCGCCCAACCACGCCAUCGUGCAGAACUUCAUCAGCGAGAUGGGCGUGGGGGAGGUGCCCCCACCCUCCUGCGUACCCUACAAGUACAAGCCCAUGAGCGUUCUCAUGAUGGAGAAGAACGGCAGCAUCGUGUACAAAGAGUAUGAGGACAUGAUCGCAGAGUCCUGCACCUGCCGAUAG